AUGAAAGUCACAUCCCAGAACUCCACAGAGAAGACAACAUUCCAGAACUACCAGCAAUUCCUGGCCUUGGCGUUUGCUGUCAAUGAGAUCAACAAGGAUCCGACUCUCCUACCCAACAUCACCCUCGGCUUCCGUAUCUAUGAUCACGGGGACCUUGUAAGAAGGAUCUACGCGAACAGCCUGUCGAUGCUCUCCUCCCAGGGGCAAAUGUUUCCGAAUUAUAAAUGUGACAAGCAGGAUCAACUGCUCUCUGUUAUUGCGGGCCUCGACUCCCAAACCUCUAUGCAGAUAGCUUCCCUAGUGGGCAUACUCAAGAUCCCACAGUGGAACUGGAUUGCACUGUUUGCUCCCGAGGGUGACAGUGGGGAAAAUUUCAUCCAGACACUGACAAAAGUGCUCAACCAGAAUGACAUCUGUGUGGCCUACAGCAAAAUAAUUGAGUCUGAUGACAUGGGUGAGACUGUCUUCCGGAGUCCUGGUUCUGAGUUUGAUCCCCAAGUGAUGAUCCUCUACGGGGACUCCAGUCUUAUUCUUGACCCAUUGAGGAACAUCCGGUUUAACAACAGUAUUGGAGAAGAAGUGUCUUUUGAUGAAAGGGGUGAGAUAUAUGACAUUGAAAACAUGGUCUUCUUCCCAAAUGAGUCUUUUGGCUAUGUGAAAGUUGGACGUGUGGAUCUGAGGUGGCCCACAGACCAGGACUUCACUAUUAACUCGGACGCAGUUGUGUGGUCUACAGAGAGGAUGCCCUAUGCAAGGUGUGCAGAGAUAUGCUCUCCAGGGUACCAGAAAAGAGUUUCAGAGGGGAAGCCGGUGUGCUGCUAUGAAUGCAUCCGUUGUCCAGAAGGGACCUUUUCUAACCAUACAGAUGAAGCUCGCUGUGCCCAGUGCCCACGUGAUCAAUAUCCAAACAAGAACCAAGACCAGUGUAUCUCCAAGAAGAUCCACUUCCUCUCCUAUCAAGAGUCUCUAGGGAUCAUUUUAACUUCUCUAGCUCUUUUCCUCUCUCUGAUCACAUGUCUUGUGCUGCUAAGCUUCAUUAAAUACCGUGACACACCAAUUGUCAAAGCCAACAACCGAGACCUCACCUAUGUCCUCCUCAUCUCCCUCCUGCUCUGCUUCCUCUGUUCCCUCCUCUUCAUCGGCCGACCCACAAAGGUCACCUGUCUUCUACGACAAACUGCUUUCAGCAUCACCUUCUCUGUUGCCGUUUCUUCUGUGUUGGCAAAAACUGUCAUGGUGGUUCUGGCUUUCAUGGCCACCAAGCCAGGAAAUAUGGCAAGGAAACUCUUGGGAAGACAGUUUACAAACUCUCUUGUCCUGGCCUGUCCCCUCAUCCAAGGUGUUAUCUGUGCUGUCUGGAUGAUAAACUCUCCUCCAUUCCGAAACCUGGACUUCCAUUCCCUGGCUCAAGAGAUCAUAGUGGAAUGCAAUGAAGGGUCUGUCAACAUGUUUUACAUUGUCCUGGGUUUCCUGGGUUUCCUGUCCUUUGUUAGCUUUGUGGUAGCUUUCCUCGCAAGGAAAUUGCCCGACAGCUUCAAUGAAGCCAAAUUUAUCACCUUUAGCAUGCUGGUGUUUUGCAGUGUUUGGAUCUCCUUUGUCCCAACCUAUCUGAGCACCAAGGGGAAGUCCAUGGUGGCCGUGGAGAUCUUCUCUAUCUUGGCCUCUGGCGCUGGUCUCCUGGGUUGCAUCUUUCUCCCAAAAUGCUAUAUUAUUCUUCUGAGGCCCAAUCUCAACUGUAAAGAUAAUUUAAUGAGGAGAUAG